AUGGAGAUGAAGAAAGGCUUUACAUCUCCACCUUAUUCCUGCAAUGCUUUAAUGGCAGCCGCCAUUAUUGUUUCUCUUUUGGUCCUGAUGAGCUCAAACAUGAAGACCUGCUCAGCGGCGCCGGCUACCGCGACCACCACCAGCUCCAUCAACACCGACUGUAACUGUAAGACCAACUUCAUCCGGUCUGGCUGUGCAUCCACUACGUACCCCAAACUAUGUUAUACUUCUCUCUCUCCCUACGCAAGCUACGUAGGAACAAACCGCACAAGACUGGCCAUAGUUGCCCUGAAAGUAAGCUUGAGUGCUACUCGUAACUCAUCGGCCUUGGUCAAAAAAGUGUCACGGAGACAUGAUUUGAUGGCCAAUGAGACGGCUGCCAUUAAAGACUGUGUGGAGACCGUUGGAGAUGCGAAGGAUGAGUUGAAGCAGUCUCUGCAGGAGAUGAACAAUUUGAGUGGUAGUGAUUUUGAAUACACGAUAAGUAGUAUAGAGGCUUGGGUCAGUGCAGCACUGACGGAUGAUGCAACCUGCACGGAUGGAUUGAAUGGGUUUAAUGGGAAGGUGGAGAAGAGGAUCUUGAAGAGUGUGACGCUUGCUGCGGAGUUGACUAGUAAUGCUUUGGCAAUCAUUGAAAGCAUCACAUCGAUCUACAGUUCCAAUUCUAAAGGGACAGUAACCUCAUCACCAUAG